UGCACGGCAGCACGUAGUGAGUUUUUCCAACAUGGACAACAGAGACGGUAGUUCAGGUGGCGCUCAGGAAAAAACGUCAGAUUUUUAUAAAACACAUAACUUACCCACCCGUUUUGAAUAUCCAGGUUUACAGAACUACAGCAAAACCAGACGAACUCCAACAAAUCUGUUCUACGCGACUACCUACAAUGAUUACGGGUACUUCCCGCCAACUGUGCACACUGCGAGGAAAUGUUAUCACGGAAAGUCGCAGCGAUUCGGGCAAGAGCAGUUUAUCAGAGGAAUGUAUAGAGAUCACUCGUUGAACAUGUGAACGAUAUCUACAAUACAUCCAUAAUAAUAUAUAUAAAAAUAUAGACACAUUGUAAAUCAAUCGUAAUAAAUACACGGUGACUUUAAAUACUCGUAGUUAUCAGCACUUUAUAUUAUUGUGUAAAAGUAAUAAGUAUAUUUAAGUAUAAAUUAAGUUUUCCUAAUAUUAUUAUUAUUUCUGUGGUUGUGUUUAUUUUAUUAGUAGUUUUCUGUUGUUGAUCGUGCAGUAGGGCUAAUAAAAUAAUUAGGUAUUAAUCCAGGCUUAAUGUGAUUUUUAUAUAAUACAUAAUACAUAUGUAUACACAGUAAUGCCUUUGGUCGAAAAGAUUACUGAAAUAGAAAUAUCUCGCAUCAUUUUAAUAAUGUAAUAGAACAUAAUAAUAUCUAUGUAUUAGUAAUAUAAAAUAUCAUUCAUAUCACAACA